AUGGUUAGCGGCGCACACAGCGUGACAUAUUGCCAUGUGCACGACAGAGACGAGCAUGAAAGCGGGAUUGUUCACCGCGGCGCAGAUGACGGUUGGGAGCAACUUGGUCUAGCGCGUCGGGUCGAUCGGCGAGCACGGCGGCAAAUGGUCGCUCAUGCCUCGUCUCCUGCCACGACUACUCAAGGCCCUCCAAACUAUCCUCCACAAUGCCCGCCAAUCUCUCCCGAAGGCCGCACGCAGUCCAUCGUGCUCGACUCGCUUGACCCCAUCCUUGCGCUCUCAAUGUACAAGCGACAUAAGGCCCCCGCGCCCCGCUUGAGAGCGUCCAAGUCGAGGAGUUCGCAAAAGCGCGACCAUGAGGCGCAGGUUCCGAACCUGCGCAGCAUGUCCGAAGAGGAGCGCCGCUACUGGGCAAGUCCAUAUUUACGUAUGCUGUCAACUCCUUUACGCCGAUGUUUCGCGACCAAGCGCUAUCUGCCCAGAGUACGGCUCGCCCCCGUACGGCUGCCCGGACCAUUGGCAGGUAAAGCUACUCAGAUCUUGGUACCUGACGGCGUCGAGCAUCCAAGAUUCAAGCCCAGGAAGGUCGGCCAAGGCCAUUAUGUCCUAUGCUGGAAAGCAAUUAUUGAGACCCUUGCUGAGCGAGGAAUUGCAAGUCCUAGAAGAACGUCUGCGGGCACACCCUGA